AUGCCUCGUAUCUAUACUAACCCAAAGCUGCCAAACCCGGAGAUUCCGCCCUUGGAUCUUCUAAGUUUGCUUUUCGAUUCGGACCUAGCGGUUUCGCAGGCUGAUACGGUGCUUCAUGCUGAAGCUGCAAACCCCCAAAACAAGGUUACCAAGACACAGCUGAAAGACCUCAUUGAACGCAUAGCCCAUGGCUUGCGCAACAACUACAACAUUGGUGGCCGAGGGUCUGGAAAGGACGUCGUUACUUUGAUCAGUUAUGGCCAAAUCUUGCUUCCUGCGGCCGGCUUUGGGGUGAUUGCAGCAGGCGGCGUAUGCAGUUUUGCCAGUCCCUCGAGCACAGGGGCCGAAUUUCGUCGGCAGCUCGAGCUGGGCAAGUCCAAUUGGGUCAUCUGCGGUAGUGAGCAUGUCGAUGUGGUAACCAAGGCUGCCGCGGAGAUCAAUCUUCCCAGGCGCAACAUCUUGGUACUCGACUCUUCACCUUGGCGCCUCAAGAGUCUCGAUGGGCAGGUGGACGCCAUCUCGAGCGAGUGCCUACCCUGGAAACGAAUCACGGAUCCCCAAGAGCUUAAAGAGAGUUUGAUCCUGAUUCUUUGGUCAAGUGGAACGACUGGACUUCCCAAGGGCGUCAUGCUGUCACACCAGAAUUUUGUUGCCGAGACCUUCAUAACAUCCGUCUUAAGCCGUAAAUUUGUGGAGAAGCAGAUUGAAGAAGGCACCUUCACUCCCGUUGAAUACAAAACUCUCGCCCACUUACCAACUUCACAUAUUGCGGGCCUUUUUGGAUACUUCAUUGGACCUACUUAUGCCGGAGGUACCGUCUACUGGAUGCGCAAGUACAAUUGGCAAGAUCUGCUCAAGUAUGCCAAACACUACAAAAUCACCGUCUUCUACACUGUUCCUUCCAUCUAUCUACGCAUCAGUAAAUCUCCAGAGGUGACCGACCACUUUUCCAACCUCGCUGGAGCUGCCACCGGUGCAGCGCCCAUGGACGGACAAUUGCAGAAAACUGCCAACCAAAAGCUAGGCGAGGGCAAAGAGCAGAUGCUUGGCCAGACAUGGGGUCUGAGCGAGACGACGGGCGCCGUCACCGCGGUGCCUGCCGGAGAGAGUGAUGAUACCGGCUCGAUUGGCUCUAUCCUGCCCAAUGUGCAGCUACGCAUCGUGGACGAGGAUUUCAACGACGUCGAGCCAGGGCAAGAAGGCGAGCUGAUUGUAAAGUCUGCCGUCGUGACCAAUGGCUAUUUCAACAACCCGGAAGCGACCAAGGCAGCCUUCCACGACGGCUGGUUCCUGACGGGAGACAUUGGCGUCAUUCGCGACGGAAAGUUCUUUGUUGUUGACCGCAAGAAGGAACUCCUCAAGUACAAGGGUCUCCAGGUUGCACCAGCUGAAAUUGAGGGAUUGCUUCUUGAGCAUCCGGCAAUCAAGGAGGCCGCGGUUAUAGGCUUGCCGGACCCAUCGGCGGGUGAUCUACCAAGAGCCUAUGUCGUGCCCGUUGAGAAUGCCAAGAUCAGCGAGGAUGAUAUCAAGCAGUAUGUUGCUAGCAAGCUGGCAUCUCAUAAACAACUUCGCGGUGGUGUUGUUUGUAAGUAUAAGGUCAUGUUACAGCCCCGACUCGAGCGACUCACGAGUGCCAUUGGCAAAAUCCUUCGCCGCGAGCUUCGUGACAGGGCCAAGAAGGAGAUCCAGACUUCCAAGUUGUAG